AUGCUCGCCUUUUUGUCUUUCGCCAUUACUCUUCUCCCCCUUGCAGCAAGUUUUAUGCACCCUGGCCUCCUCGUCUCGGAUAGCGAUAUCACUCGCGCUCAGGGGAAGAUCAAGGCCAGCCAGGAUCCCUGGACUACCUCUUGGGAUACCCUGACUAGUCUCUCAUUCUCUGACGCCAGCUACACUCCUUCCCCUGUUAGUGUUAUCUACCGGAGUGCCUGGUAUGACAAUGCCGAAAACGCGGAGCUCCUUUGGCAUGACGUCGCGGCCGCAUUCAAUCUUGCCCUGCGCUGGAAAAUAUCCAGAAACACGAGCUUCGCCGAUACAGCUAGCAACAUCUUGUAUUCAUGGGCGACCACUCUUACAUCGAUCGGCGGUGGCGACGACAAGUACCUCACAGCUGGCCUGCAGGGGUACGAACUCGCCAACGCAGCCGAACUCCUUCGUGACUAUGAGCCCUUCGCAACCAAUGUCCUCCCGGCUGUCGUGAAAAUGGCCAAUAAUAUCUUUAUCUCGAUGCACUACAGAUGGUUAAACCAUGAAGAGCCGUCGGAGCAUAUUAUUCUUCAUUUCUUCGCGAACUGGGAGCUGUGCAAUGUCGCUUCAGCGAUGGCUAUGGGUGUCCUAACCGACAACCAAACAGUGUGGAAUUUCGCUGUGAAUUACUUCAAGACCGGUGAUGGAACAGGCGCGAUCAACAAUGCUAUCACUAAUAUCGUUCAAGAGCCCGGUAGAGGGGCUUUGCUCGGCCAGGGCCAAGAGUCCGGUCGUGAUCAGGGCCACUCUGCAUUGGACAUCCAACUCCUUGGUGUUAUUGGGCAGCAGGCCUGGAAUCAAGGAGAAGACCUUUUUGCCUAUAAUGAUAGCCGGAUUCUCCGUGGGACGGAAUACUUCGCUCGGUACAACCUUGGAAAUGACGUUCCCUUUGUCCCUUACACCAACGGGUUAGUCAGCUUUACCGAGAUCAGUAGUGCCUCUCGUGGAGCCAUUAGACCUACCUGGGAGCUUCUCUACAACCAUUACGUGACGAAGAAAAGAAUCGACGCACCUUGGACUACUCUGUUCCUCAACAAGUCACUUGAAUAUUAUGGCGGUGCGGAGGGGGGCUCCGGCUCCUGGGGAGAGGGCGCUGGUCAUUACGAUGGCUCUGAUCUCCAAAUCUGCUUUGCCCGCGGCAAGUCCCACGUCAACCACCUCUACUACAUCUACUUUGGCUCCUAG